UGGAGCAGCGGCGGGAUGAGGCCAGGUUUCAGCCCCCGGGGAGGGCGCGGCGGCUUCCGGGGGGGCCGAGGUGGUGGCUUCCAGCCCCGGGGGGGCCCCCGGGGGGGCGGGGCCCGGGGGCGGGGGAGGGGUGGCCCCGCCCGGGGCGGGAGAGGUGGCCGCGGCGGCUUCCGAGGGGGGAAGAAGGUGACGGUGGAGCCGCAUCGACAUGAAGGGGUGUUCAUCUGCCGCGGGAAGGAGGACGCGCUGGUGACCCGGAACCUCGUCCCGGGGGAGUCAGUCUAUGGGGAGAAGAGGAUCUCGGUGGAGGACGGUGACACCAAGGUGGAGUACCGCGCCUGGAACCCGUUCCGCUCCAAGUUGGCAGCGGCCAUCUUGGGUGGCAUCGACCAGAUCCACAUCCGCCCGGGGACGAAGGUCCUUUACCUGGGCGCGGCCUCGGGGACAACCGUGUCCCACGUCUCCGACAUCGUGGGACCGGAGGGGCUGGUUUACGCCGUCGAGUUCUCCCAUCGCUCGGGCCGGGACCUCAUCAACGUGGCCAAGAAACGCACCAAUGUCAUCCCCGUCAUCGAGGACGCCCGCCACCCCCACAAAUACCGCAUGCUGAUUGGCAUGGUGGACGUGAUCUUCGCGGACGUGGCGCAGCCCGACCAGACCCGGAUCGUGGCCCUGAACGCCCACAACUUCCUGCGCAACGGCGGCCACUUCGUCAUCUCCAUCAAGGCCAACUGCAUUGACUCGACGGCGCCAGCGGAGGCCGUGUUUGCGGGGGAGGUGCGCAAGAUGGCGGGGGAGCGGCUGCGGCCCCAGGAGCAGCUCACGCUGGAGCCCUACGAGAGGGACCACGCCGUGGUGGUGGGCGUCUACCGGCCCCCCCCCAAACAGAAGUGAUGCCUCUUCCCUUCAACCCCCCCUCCCGCGGGGGGGGGGCGGAUCCUGCCCGGGGGGGGGGGAGUGGGCGGGGCUUCUGCCCCUCCCCCCCCCUCCCCCCUUCACUUUUGGGGCAAAUUGUGGCGAUUUUGGGGUUUUUUGUGUUUUUUUUUUUGGGGGGGGGGGAGGGCAGAAAGAGUGGGUUAUUAAAAUAAA